CGUAGAAGUGGUUCGAGAACCUGGCGAGUGAGCUCUGUGUGAGGAAGAGAAGUGUGAUAUGAAGUUAUGAUGGAGUUGUUCCGCUCUUUGGAUACCGACUGUAAGAACGGGGGACUCGAGCCGGACCAGGCCACGCGCUGAACUCCCACCAGGAACUAACGGGAUUUGUUUUUACUGCGUUUCUCUGAGGAAAGUAGAGCCGAGCAGGUUUGGAGAGCUCUUCCUGUUACCAAGUCGGCGGUUCCCAAGUUUGCUUUAUGUUAUGGUAAAGGCUGGCUAUUUGUGUGCUUCCCAUAAGACCGUGAGCAUGGAUACUUUGGCGCAAUGGGAUGCGGGAUUUCCUGCGGAAGUGCCGCAAAGUUGCGGUGAGACGCCGUUAUUGGAGUUUUGGGCUUAAUGCGAACUGGACAGCGCUGAAACUUGUCGUAAAACACUGGUUGGCUGGACUGAAUGCUCCUUUCCUGCUAUUCUUCUCCGCUUCUCAGCGCUUCCUGCUUGUGGUGGCCACUGCACUUAAUGGCUAAAAAUACAUAAAAACUCAAAAUGGACAGUUAAGUGUGGUGGGAACCUUUAUUACCAGUUGCAAUAGCAGUACCUGGGAGUGUUUCGCAGUAAGCUGAGUAGUUUUUAUUCGUCUUCUUACACUUUCCCUCUCUAAAAACAACCCAAAACAAAGUCAGGACUCAACAGGUGGCAGUUUUGAAUGAGGGGGAAGAAGAGCUAAAUUAGCCAUAAUGAAGUGAUUCGAGAGGCUCUUAAAUACAGGCCGGUGAAAUGAUAUUGUGCUUAAACCAUGUGUUGGGAAACCACACACCACAUCACUUGAACAGAGAGAAUUUCAGUGGAAGCAGUGCUGUCUUUCUGAGCUUUGAAACACUUAGCCUUAAUCAAACAAAAGCAAUCUCUAGUGAUUCAUCCGAUGGAGAGACGAGUUUAAUGCGAUGAUGAAUAAAAGACACUUGCGCUUCUGUUGUCUUUGACUGCUCUCCUCUAGCCUACUUGUUGGUCCAACUUUUGAACACAUUUCAUUAGUCCCUGAUGAGCCAACAAGAAAGACAGGAAAGGGAGCGAGGCGCAAUAAAGUACUCCUUUGUACUUUAUUUUCAAACCCUUGGGGUGCUAAAUCAGAUCCAGUCAAAACAUCUGCUUGAGGCUCCAUGGAGCCACUGAAGAAUAUAUUCAGCCGUGGCCCGCUGUCCAACUGGAAAAAUUUGGAACAAUCGCAAAAAGGGAACUUCACCAACCCUGUGUGGACAGCCUUAUUUGACUAUGAGGCAUCCUGUAAAGAUGAGCUCACCUUACGUAAAGGCGAUCUGGUGGAAGUCCUCUCUCUGGACUCGGAGAUAUCAGGGGAUGAGGGCUGGUGGGCAGGAAAGGUCAACAACAAGGUGGGUAUCUUCCCAUCCAACUAUGGUUCCUUCAAGCCGAGUGGAUAUGGAAAACUUCCGGGCAGUGCUGUGGUGGAUGAGCUUGCUCCGGCCGUGGUGGGUGAGUUUGAACCAGAAGAGGUAGAUUUCCGGGAGUUGAGCCUGGAGGAGGUCAUCGGGGUCGGGGGAUUUGGAAAAGUGUAUCGUGGUACAUGGAGAGGAGAGCUGGUGGCGGUGAAGGCCGCCCGCCAAGACCCGGACGAGGACAUCAGUGUGACAGCACAGAACGUGAGGCAGGAGGCUCGUCUGUUCUCCAUGCUCACCCACCCCAACAUCAUCGCCCUGAAGGGCGUGUGCCUGCAGGAGCCCAACCUGUGCCUCAUCAUGGAUUACGCCUCAGGUGGGCCGCUGAGCCGUGCUCUGGCAGGCCGUCGAAUACCGCCGCACGUCCUGGUCAACUGGGCUGUGCAGAUAGCCAGAGGGAUGUUGUAUCUGCACAGUGAAGCCAUCGUCCCUGUCAUCCACCGGGAUCUCAAGUCCAACAACAUUCUUCUGGCUGAGCCCAUAGAAAAUGAAUGUAUGGAGGGAUUGACGUUGAAGAUUACAGACUUUGGCCUGGCAAGAGAAUGGCACAAGACCACAAAGAUGAGCACCGCUGGCACCUAUGCCUGGAUGGCCCCGGAAGUCAUCAAGUCCUCCACGUUCUCCAAAGGCAGUGAUGUCUGGAGCUAUGGUGUUCUGCUGUGGGAGCUGCUAACAGGAGAGGCACCCUACAGAGGGAUCGAUGGACUCGCUGUCGCCUAUGGAGUCGCCGUCAACAAGCUCACCCUGCCCAUCCCUUCCACGUGCCCCGAGCCUUUUGCGCAGCUCAUGUCAGAGUGCUGGGACCAGGACCCCCAUCGCAGACCCAAUUUCAGUUCCAUCCUGGCCCAGCUGAUGGCCUUGGAGCAGCAGGUGAAGGAAGAGAUGCCGCAGGAUUCGUUCCACUCCUUGCAGGAGGACUGGAAACUGGAGAUCCAGGACAUGUUUGAUGAACUCCGGGCUAAAGAGAAGGAGCUGCGAUGCCGUGAAGAGGAGCUAAAGCGAGCGGCUCUGGAGCAGAAAUCUCACGAAGAGUUCCUGCGGCAGCGUGAGCAACAGCUGGCCCAGUGGGAGCAGGAUGUGUUUGAGCGUGAGCUCAGCCUCCUCAUCCUCCACUUGAACCAGAACCAGGAGAAACCUAAUGUCAAGAAGAGGAAGGGCACCUUCAAAAAGCACAAACUCAAGUCCAAGAAUGGCGAGAAGAUCAGCAUGCCCCAAGAUUUCAUCCAUAAAAUUACGGUGCAGGCAUCCCCAGGCCUGGAGAAAAGGCGGAACUCUCCCGAUUUGGGUUCGGGCUCCUCACCUUCCUUUGGACCCCGGUUCCGCGCUAUCCAGCUACCCAGUGACAACAGCAGGACUUUCGGUCUCAGCCCAGUCCGGCCCUCCCUGGAUACCUCUUCUCAUAAACAAGUCAACGGAGACCUCAGGUUGAGCCCUCAUUGGAGGCCACAGAGCCCCAAAAGUCCCAAAAGUCCUAAAGUCCUGCGCCUUAGUCCGCAGGAAAGCAGCUUGUCGAUGAGAGCUAAGCUCCUGGAGGCAGACAGCAAUGAGAAUGGAGACUCCAAGGAUGACUUUGAGGAGUACCGACCCGUCACGCCAACCCCUACGCCUUCUCAGAAUGGCUCAUCGGUGAAGGAUAGCCCGUGGCUUCCUCUGUCUCAAGGAGACUCGGGCAGUGAGGAAGGGAGUUCUUCCCCAGCUAGCUCUCCAAGGCCUGAGAGGGGGCCUCUCGGUGGCCUGAUUAACAGCACCCACCGAGCCCUGCUGGGCAGCGGCUCCCUGCUUGCCUCCAUAGGACUUGGUCGCUGCCUGGAUAUUCCCCCAAGAGUGCCACCUCGAACUCACCCACCUUGCUUAGAGGGCCGCAGCCUCUCUGAACUUGAGAUUUCUCAUCCUAGGCCCCUCAUUUCAGACCCUCCAGUGGUGGACGAUCUCAUCACCUUCUCCACCUCGGAGCCGCUUCCCAGACCCCUGUUGGAUUUAGCGCUGCAAUAUCAAGAACUAAAGCCUUUACCCCUGACACCGCCUCCACCAAACCCUCGCGAGAGGAGCAGCCACCGGACGCCACACAGUCCGCAGAGUCCCAGCAGUGCCUCCAUGCAGCACGACAGGACCAGCUCAGGGGAGUGGACCCCCACUUACAGUUCCAGUAACGGGGAGCUGAGCAGUGACUCCUGGGAACACAGAGCUGACAGGAGGAGGAGGUCCAGCCAAGGCCUGCACGCUUCUCAGCUAGUUUUAGACCUGCCUUUGUGCCAAGACACACAGGACUUUGAUGACAAGGCUCUCCACCCCAACCCUGCGCUCUGGAGCCCCAAAACACGUCGCCUGGAGGUCAGCGUCAUUCCUCGGCCCCGCCCAUCUCCCAUCCGCCCCCGCAUCGACCCUUGGAGCUUUAUCUCAGCAGGUGGUGGAAACUCAGGUGGUGGGCGCAGCCCACACCGCUCAGAAAGCAACUUACUGAGCUAUCAUCCGUCACCCACCAACCCCUUCACCAACUGUGACCCUUUCCCCUCUCCUGACUGCGACCCCUUUGCCCUCAAGGCUGAUCCGUCAAGUGGUUCGGAUGGUGCCUCACCCUUUGACCCUUUCUCAGCUCCCUUUCCCACAUCGCGUUCUGCCCCAUGUUCUGCCAACGGCUCUCCCACGCUGCCCUCGUUCCGUAUAGCACCCAUUAACUCAGCUGACUCGGCCCUUAUUGACUUUGGCUGCGGGGCCUGCAACAAGCCUCUGGAUGGCACCAAAGAGAGGGCUCACCCCCGCAAGAUACUGGGGCUCAAGCCAUUCAAGUCCCCGACGCAACUCAAAGACGACAGGUUCUGAAUCCAGCCUUGCCCCGACAAGGGGUUUAUUCUCAAUGAUAGAUGUUAUGAGCCUGGAUUUGAUUGCAGGAGCACAGUCCAGGACCGUUUCCACUACUAUGUCCUACUUCGGAACAAGGAUUCGGAAUGUUAUUAAAAAAAAAAACAAAACAUGCACACUCAUGACUCAACCUACCAAGGGAGGUUUUCCCCUUUGGGAGCACCAAUCAUCACAGGUCUUAUUUAUACACCAGCCUGCUGCUUUGGAAACCAGAAAGCCAGUGAAAGGUGGUACAAUGAAUUGUGGGAUAGCUGCCUGUGAACCAAUAGCUGGUGCCCAUUUCAUUCUCUCUCUUUUUUCCUCUGUUUCUCUAUCCCUUUGAAGGAGCAGGAUACAGAUCACUAGUCCCAUCUUCAGAUUCUAUCAGACUGCUCAUAUCAACUGCUUUCAUCUCCCCUUACCUUUGAAGCAUUGUGACAAUGCAGAGGUGGAUAAGGCGACUUGCACAGCUUCAUCUGCCUCUACCUCUCUGCAGACUGAACGCCUUCAGGACAAUGGAAAAUUGGAGUGCCUUAUUUCGUGAAGUGUUUUUAAUAUAUAUCUUUUCAAGGCUCUUUGAAUGGUUAAUCUGGUGCGUAGGGAAGAUGCUACGAAUCUGGCUUAAAUUUGCAAAUCAGCUUAGCGUUGCAGUGUAAGAAAAAUAUCGUCUGCAUGUAUGUCUAGACUCAUUGUUCAAGGAAAGCUUACUGUUUCUUUUUAAACUGCGUCUGCCUGUUGCAUUAUGGGAGAAAGCACUCUGAGUGGAUACUAGGUCGCUCAAGAAAUCCGAGAUGAAACCGUGACCCAGGCAUUCCACUUGGAAGCAGAUAACAUUCCAGUCACAUUCUCUGGGAAAUGCCAGGAAUUGGACAGAUUCAUUCAGGCUGGUAGGCGACACAGCACAGGAAACAAGACAGGGGUGCCCUCCGCAUUCCCGUCAUAUGCCAAAGAAUGCCACUGUGACUGUGUAAGUCCUGGGACGAAGGCUGUUUGCAAAUGCAUUGUUUUUACCUCUUCAAAGUGCCAGAACAGAACAACACAGAGCAAACUGACACAAUCACACAGAGUAUUUGAACAUAUGGUUCUCAGAUUUUGUUAGAAAUACUGUCUAAUCACCACCACCUAUAAGAGGUUCAACAAAGUACUUUAAAAGUGUUUUAAAGUACUUUACAAAAAAAAAAGUCUGCUUAAUUUGUAGGCGUUAUCAGUCUCACAACCCAGAAUUCUGAGUUUCUUGAUGUACCAAAUUUUAAUGUCUGAGUAAAUAUGAGCCAGAUGCUUCAUUUUUUCCCCUCCCUAAAGAGUUACAUGUGAAGAUUGAAACCAUUUUUAUUAUCAUUCAUUCGCAAAGCAGAUUGCUUAACAUGGAACAAUAUGAAAAAGUUAGUCCAAGGAAAACAUUCCAGAGAUCUGUGAAGGCCACACAAAAAGCAUUUUCUGUUUUAUUCCUCUGCAGUGACUUCUGGUCACUCAGUGGUUGCUAAUCUACCAGCUGAUGACUUAAGAAGUCAGUGCUCACAACCAAGAAAAUGUUACCCACAAAAGCACCUAUAAAAAUCACAACUUGGUGCUUUUCCAGUCGAAUUUAAUGCUGAUUGAGACUUAAAGUUCUAGAUGGACUUGUUACCUUUGACAGGAGCAAUUUUGUUUUUGCUUAGUUUACCUGGCUUCAUGGAUUCCACACUGAAAUGAAAGUGCUGCUGAUGUUCUCAUCUAACUCUCCAGAAUGUCUGCUAAAGUUUCUUGAUCGGCAAUGUCCAAUAUUCUCUGGCUCUGCAGAUGUUUUUAGCGUCGUGAGAACAGCAGCGUCCCUCCAAUUUAAUGGUUUUUGUUUUGGUAAAAAAAAACAAAAAAACAACAACAACAACAAAAAAACAGGAAUACAGGGAGAACCUCACUGUACAGAUGUGGCAAUAUCAUGUUUUUAGCCUCAGCACACCAGUAUGCACUACAGCAAUAACUUUCUCAUGGUUCAUUAUCAUUACUGAUCAUUCUACACCUAUCAGCCACAACAUUAAAGCCUCAGAGAGGGAAAGUGAAUAAGACUGACCAUAUUUUUAAAUGGCUAUUUUCUGCUGUAAACUGUGUGGAUUUUUUUGACACGUAUCACCUGCCUUAGCAUUGUUUCAGACCAAGAAUCCCCUCCUCAAAAAGCCUAAGGCACUGAUUUGGUCUUCAAACUCAGAUCAAAACCUGCGUUAGCAGGAUGGACCGCAACAAUCCUGAACAACCCCUGCGAUCCACCAGCCCCAAACGAUCCACUGCUAACUUCCCAGUGCAUGCAAACGUGCAUGUUUCUGCAUGCACUCUUGAAAGCAAUCGGAAGCACUACCCAGAAUUAGGUGGUUUUAAUGUUGUGGUAUAUAAGUGUACAUGCUAAAUGUAACAUGUUCACACUUUCUCAGGGAUUAGUUUAUUUUCUAAAAUCAUCCUGAGGAAUGUAGUGGAGUGAGACAGGUUGUGGGAAAGGUUGCUGAGUUAUUUUGCAGCAACAAAAUAACUCCAGACUGCCAAUGCACAACAGCUUUUGAUGGUGUGUUUUUGUUUUGUUUUUUUGUUUUUUUUAAUUGACAGUCAGCUCAAGCACUGGUUCAACAUAACUAAACCAGUGCAGGUGAAGCACCUGAGGGACCCACCUACUCGUAGCACAAACUCUCAGCCUGUUAACGAUGGCUUUACUCUAACAUUUCAAGUACAAAUGCUGAUUCGCUUCAUCGCUGUCACCGUGUCAUUGGAGGACAAUAACAGCUUUGUUCUGUCGAAGAGUGAAAACCUAGUCUCCAAAGGGAAAAGCUUUGUGAUUAGCCUAAUAAUCCCACUGACGUACAGAGGAAGCUGAUAGUGAUAAUUAGCCUCUCGAUAAGGGCAGGGAGUAUAACGAAGCGCUGAGAUAUUUGGUUAAUUAAUUUGCCCUGACAUUAGAAAAAUGCCCCGCAUAUCGAGUUGCGCCCCGCUCCGGCUUAUGUGUAGAUUUAAGCUGCGCACUAUCACAUGCAUAAAGUUUCAAAGACAGGUUGAGCCGCCUUUUCUGUCUUCCAUUUCUUUGUCUCUGUGUUGCCACUGGCUACAGCUCCUGACCGGACUUCAUCUUUGCUGUCAAAGCUCAAUUUUUUCUUUUUUCUUUUUUUUUUUUUGCAUCUUAACCCCUGAGGUGAUUUGGGAGAUAGUUCUGCUCCUUUCAUUUUGUUCUGCCUUCACUCCUUUCGUAUCUGGAAAGUUUUUCUUGCGGGCAGUUUUGUCCUGACAGCGCAGAGCGUUCAGUUCAGUCACAGCCAGGGUUUCUAUGCGGCUAGAAGAGAUGGCAUUUGUUCUAGGACAGAGUCCAUUUGCAGGAGAGUGCUCAUUUUACCAAGGCAUUAUGGUUUGAAAUUGAAAGGUGUAUUGCCUUCUUCUUUGGCCCAAUAACGUGUACGUGUCCUCUACUGGGUAUACCAGCUAUAGUCAGCUUGUAAAGAUCUCAUUUUUAAUUCUUUGAAUGAACUAGCUGCUACACGUGUGGGUGUCUUGUCCAACUAUAUUUGAUAGCAGACGUUUUAGAUUGAGUGAACAGCCUCCUGUCACAGAGAGGGGUGAGAUGUGGCAAAAUGCAUAAGUGCACAUUUUAACUCUUCUGCAAUUUGAAAUUAGAUGGAGGUAGUCAUAUCAGGAAUUUUAAAAAAGAAAAAAGGGAAAUAAGACCUAGUUCAGAACGCUGCCUACUGUCACGCCUCCGCACAUCUGGCAACUGCUGCGGAAAGUGGGCGUAAAUGUCAAAUUGUCUGAUUAGGAAAUAAAAAGAAAAUAGUCGUACCAACCCCUUGGAUUAUGAAUCGGUUAAGGAGGAUACGAGUGCUGUUAGACAAGGUGACAAAGGCUUCUUUUAAAUCCUUGAGCCUGAUUUUAACGAGGCUGCAGUUUUUCAUGUAAAUGACUGUGUAGUUGGUAUGUACCUGGAGGGUUACAAAGUUCCACUGCAGUGAACACUCAAGUAAAAGCGAUUACAUACAGACCACCACCAUUCCAAAUCUGACAUGUUUACCCAAGCAGUGUUUGACAGCGUGCUUGUCUUGAUGUCAACCUGUUCUCCAAUUGAACAACUCACCUGCCACCACCUGGACAUGGACAUGAGUGUAGAAAAUAGUUUAUCCUUCGGCAGCGUUCCCCACCUUUCUCCGCUCUCUUGUCCUCCCCACCGACAUUUUAAAGACACGACAAGUGACGAGUUAUUGCCUUGUCUGUUCACGUCAACACGCAAAGUCACGACAGCUAUCUUCUGAUAGUCAUUACACUUGGGUAGCUGUUACUGUCAACAGAUGCUCUGUGAGCCCCCACACUAUAAAAAAAGAAAAACAUGAAGGAAAUCGAGAUGAUUGAAACGUCAGGCAGGUUAUUUCUGUCAUAAAUUGUCCGUGUGUGAAGUAUCCACUUCAACCUGCCAGUCAUGUCAUGUCUGCACGUUCUCUUGGAGCCAGACUUUAAUUUUCUCUCAGCCCCGAUGAUGACAAGAACAAUUUGGCCUUCUCCAUCAAGUGUGUGUGUGUACAGUGACAUAAAAUAUUAUUUUCAAUAACUGCAGUCACUGUGCUUUACACAAAUGAUUACAUUAUUACCUGGGACACAAUGUUUUUACUCCUGCUCGUAAUUUCUCGAGGUGGUUAGAAGCCUUUCUGGUAAUGAAUUAUUUAGGCUGCAAUUGGAUAGUUAUACAAAGACAAAAUACUCCUACUUCAGUUCGUAAUGUGUAAUCUGAAAGAUGUACAGUCAGCUCGCUGAGGGGAUAAAAGGGACACAUUUUAGGAAGCCUUUUGUGGACAAAGACAUCCGAUUCUCGGUUUUGGCUGUCAGAUUUAGAAACCAGAGCUGCCAUUUAUCUGCUGGAGCUGACAGCCAGCACUCCAAUACUAAAGUCUUGAUGAGUUGAUUGUGAUGCUCUGCGCUUUCAGGCAUCGCCCCAUCCGUCAUUGCAAAUCACUGCCCCGAGUACAAACUGACAGGGAGAAAGGAACUGAAAUCUCUAAAGGCGAGCCCUAUAUCUGGCCACCAGUGAGCUGCUUUGAGCUGCUCGGUGGCAGGGAGCAGACGAGAGUCUAUGAUCUUCAUUCAGAGUUCAAGCUCAGACCAUUACCCCUAAUCAUUGAAUGGCAACUGGCUAUUACAUGAAUGAAAUCUAAUGAGAUGGCACCGUGGAGAACCCCUAAGGCCCUGACCCUCAUCAAGCCAAGAGUCCACUUGUGAGUGGUGGUAUUGUUUUAAAAUUUUAAAGGUGAAAAAUCAGAGCCAUUAUCCAGAUUAAAAAAAGAAAACAAAACCCUUUGUGAAAGAGGAACAGUAGAAUGUGCUGUUUUUGUGUUUGUUCAGGUUACACUUGCACUCACAGGUUUAAUUUGGCUGCUUUGUGAGCAGCAGAUGUGUUUACAUGCAUACUUAUUAUCUGAUUUACCUUGAUUAAACCAUUGAUUCAGCUGUAGCAGUAAUCAUGCAAAGACUUCCAUGGGACUAAUGCUAUUCAGGGAGACCGAGACACCUGUAAUAGCUUUAUAAAUAAUAGUGCCAGGUGCUUAUGAACCUACUAUAUUUGUCAUCUUUAAGGCAAAAUUAGGAAACCAGAAAAUCCCUAAAUUAGUUAUAGUCAAAUAUAUUGUGCAAGAGGUUAUAAAGUAAAAAAGUAAAGCCACUAAAAAGCACUUGAUAAAAUGAUCUGGCAAACCUUAACAUAUAGCAGAAAUCAUAACUAAAUGACAGAAGUGAUUCAACUCGAGUUUGAAAAGAAAUAAAAGUGCUUUUUUGUGUUUGUUGCUCCUACUCAGCUGGGAAAAAACAAAAAGCUGCCAACAAAACAAAAACAUUCAGCUGCUGAAAUUAUUAAUUUCUGAAUGUAAGUUAUUUUACUUUUUAAUUUUCAAUAGUUUUAUCUGUUCAGUCUUCAUUUUGAUAAGAGUGUGAGCCCAGCUAGGUGGAGCCUGAUAACACAGAUGGUUAAACAAACUAAAUAGCAGCCUAUUUAGCCGUCAGUAGCUAAUAGCUAAUGCUAACCUUUGGCAUGAAGCAAAUCACCCAAGCAGUCUGCAGAAUAAACUCUCUUUUUUGGUCACUCUUUAGGACAUAUUAGCUGAUAUUGUCUUUACUUGUGUUCCUUCUUUCUGCCUUUUUAUAACUAGUGUGUGACAGUGAGGGAAACGCUGAGUGUUAUUAAUGCACUUUGUUCUAGUUAAAGUAAGAAAGCUAAAUGGGGAAUAUGGGAGCUUUGUUUUGUUUUUUUUCUGGCAUGAAAAAGAAACUCAUUUAACAGUCUGAAUGCUUGAAUUGAAAUGAUUACUUACAGUGGCAGAGAACACUGUUCGACUUGAAGAAAGUCAGGAAGUCCAGUGAAGAAUUGACUGUUUCUUAAAUUGCUGCAGCUCCAGUUAAAGCAUGUUUUCGCUCCUUCAUGGUUACCAGGCAAAUUGGAGAAUGUUUCAAUAAGGCCGGAUGGAAAAAGCUAAGGUUGAACGUGUGUUGUAUUUGCUUUAUUGAUGAAAUUUUACCUUGGCAGGUCAGUGGAGCACAUUCUGAAACGACAAAAUAGAUGGCCUGCCAUUUCAGCGGCUUUCACUCCAUUUACCUUUGCUGCUUUUGCUUGUUUGUGUUCAAUUAAGUGGAUGUUACAAAUAUACCCGGUUUUCACCCUUGUUUAGUUGUCCCCCAGCUAGCUGUCAGUGACAGACACGCAUUAUUGCUCGAUCUGGCUCGUAUUAAAUCGAAACACCUGCCCGGGCCUUUGUUCGGCCUUAAUAGGCCGAGACAGAAUGAUCAAAUAUGACCUUUCAUCGACUGUACUGGUAUGGCACAUCCCAAUAGGGAUGGGGACAAAAGCUGUGUCUGUGACAGGCGCCGCCAGGUGUGUAAGCUAACGCUCAGGCUCUGAAACUGUGAAUAUUAUUCCUAAUUCUUUUUAGCCUGUGCAUCCAAGGUCACCAUCUGCUGUCCCUUUUUCAGUAACAACAAAAAGCCAGUGAAUAGGAGAAAUGAAAGAAAGACCAGUUCACAUUCAAGACCUCAGUGAUGGCUCCUGGAGAAAGCAGAAAAUAAACACAGACUUUAUCUAUGAGGUUAUAAAGUCCAAGGCCCACAUACUCAUGCUUUCCCUCUACUCAGCAGCAUACAACAGCCCUGCGGUUGUGAUUAUUGUUCUGUCUUGCUAUUGACACACAAUUACCUCGUGAUCUUCCUCAGACAGGAGCCGCGCAACCUGUAAAUUAUGUUUGUGUGCUGCAUGUGAGUUGGUUAAGUAAACAGCCCCUCUUAAAUAUAGAAAGUGUGAAUUGAUUUAUGGUCUUCUCUGUAACAUUUGCUGAUAUUUUUGGGAUCUUUCUUAGUCAUGUGAUCUCUUACUGUAUAUCUGGAUUCAUGGGGUAGUCCUACAGGCAUAAUCAGAGACUAAUUUUUCUUAGUUUUAUACACAUGCGUUAUGUAUAUUACAUUUAGACUACGAAAUUGACAUUUCAUUCAUUUUAAGAUGUAAAAAAACCCCCCAUUUGAAAUGAAGUCAACUGUUGUGUUAGCUGUAGCCCCAAAUCUUAAAUGUCACCUUUUCCCCAUUAUGCAUUGUUAAAGUUGAGCACUAGCUAGAGGUGAUAUCAACUGAUGGGUCGAGUCGGUUCCAGUGAACUGAUUUUGCUCGCGGAUGCUUGCAGCUUUAGCAGAGCACUGACACAUUUAGUGACAAAGACAUCUUCAUUUUUAAAUAAAUCAAUAUUAACGGAUAUAUAGGUGACUAAACUGGCGAGGCUUAACCUGAUUAACGUCUCCUUAGACAGAUAUAAGACGCUAAAGUAUUUUACUAAGGCUCGAGGGUAUUUAACAGUAGGUGGUCUCUUUCAGGUGCUCAUGGUUGGGCUUAAAUGGCUGAACUCUAAACGAUCCAGAGAGGCAAUUUGAAACGGUUUGGAUGGUACAAAUCCCCAUGACUCAGUGGUCAAAUCUCUCCCACUCACAGCUUCACAGUACUGUGAAAAAGACUUUGCAUUCUGACAGCUUCCUGCCAGCCAGCUGAGGACAUUGACAAAAUUUAUAUAUAUAUAGGGGUUAAUGUGGAUAUUUAUAAAUGGCCAUCUUUUUACACACUGGAUUAAAACUAUUUCUCUCUCAAGAUGGUCAUGGACACAGUCCACGUUAGGAUGAUGGAUUGAUUGCUUCAUAUGAACAAAGCAUUUUCUAGGUUUUCACUGGAGUAUUUAAGAUGUAUGGGUGCUUCACAUGAGACAGAUCAAUGUUACGUUCCAGUUCAUCAAGUUGGCCAAAUCUGCACGAAACUGAUUUUUCUGCAAGCCCUAGUACUUUGUCUGUGUUACUGAAAAGCCUGAGAAAUGUGCCUGUUGGAGCUCGAUUUCCAUUUCCUUAUGUACAUUGCAGCAAAAUCUUACACUUAAAUUGCAGCCGAAUGUCCCCUUGGGGCACCCAUACUGAAUUUUUAUGUGCAUAAAACUGCUAGAUGGAGAGGAAAUGUUUGUAAGUACCUUAAGGUAGCAGACAAGCUCAACCACCUCUCUGCCUUUGUAUCUAUUUGCUAUUUUUGUAAUUGUUCCAGAUUCAUUUCCAUGUCUAUUGUGUGUUUUAUUACAACCUAGGCGAUGUGAUAACACAACUGUUGCAUUGCCCUGGCAGUCAUUUUUACAUCUCUCUCAAAACUGUCUCUGCUCCUGCGAGUUAGAGGUUUUGCAGUCCUUGGGCUUUGAAAAUUCAUUCUUGUUGCAUUUUUGUGAAAUCUCGCACUGGGCUGGGCCUAAUCAACUGUUUUUAUUGUGCACAAGAGGAUUAUUUCUGUAUACAGUUAUGUGAAAAUGUUUUUAUUUCUCUUGACUAUUAAAAUGGGUUUUAACCUGUGGAGAAAAACAAAGGAAAAAAAGCUCAAAAAGACAUAAGACCAAAUAAAAUGUAACA